AUGGUUGUACACGACGAUGCUCAUGCACAUCUACCAAGGAAAGACAAGGUACCGCGGCUAGUCUUCCUCAAAACAUACGAAGAGGAAUAUCAUAGUGUAUAUCAUCUCGAGAGAACAUCAAAUAGCGCAUUCGCAUCCGAAGAAAUCGCGCCCUGUAUAGGGAGCUUCCACUGGUUCGAUGAGAAAGAUGGUCGCACAAGCACUCUAAUCUUCCAGUACGCAGAACAUGGUACUCUGCUAGACCUGUAUCGUGAAAGCCACCCACCAUAUCUCCCUGAAGAUAUCAAGGCAUUUUGGGAAGGUAUCGCUGGGGUUGCAAAAGGUUUGCACAUAAUACAUAAUCAAGUAGGAUACCAAGAAGGAUUACACCAUGAUAUGAAACCAUCCAAUAUUCUGGUUUUUUCAAAGGGAAUCAAGGACGGCAAACUAGUUUACCAGUUCAAAAUUGGCGAUUUUGGUGCCAGUUACUUGAUUCCAACAAAUGUUAAACGCGAGGCCAUUAAUCGGGGCACAACACGAACCUAUGCUCCUCCUGAGAUUUAUUUGGGCGAUAGUGUGAAAUAUCGUGUCGGACCUACACUCGAUAUGUGGUCUAUUGGGUGCAUCAUCACCGAGGCCGCGGUUUGGGUCGCAUUCGGCGAAAGGGGCCGCCAAGAUUUCAGAAGAAAACGCAAGGAAGAGACCUCAAACCUAACAAACCUUACCAAUCUGGGGUACGGGGAUAGUUUUCACAAUGGAUCUGUUGCGUUGAAGUGCAUAGCAGAGCACGUCAAUUUAAUGAAGCCUCAUGGCCGCCCGAGUGACGAGAUCACCCGACAGAUAGUCAAACUCGCUAUGAGGAAUCUUUUGAUCGAGGGAGAUUCACGAAUCAAUUCUCUCAAUCUUUUCACUAGAUUGCGUGGGAUCCUGGAUGACGAACGCCUCUUUGAGGUGUUGAGCCCAGCCCAUUCGAUCGAAGUUUACCCAACUAAAAUUCCAUCUACUAUUGGGAAUGGAAUGCCUCAACGGAUACUGACAGGUCAACCCCUGCGAGGCGAGCCCGGCAAAAUUUCUCCUCUUGAGACGUCUGAGGACGAAAAUAUCUCUAAGAUGUCUGCGCCAGGCCCUGGCUCGACACAGCCAGUUGGGCCCGGGAGGCUUACAGAAUCUACGCCUAGCAGCGCGGAUGAAACGCUGGUAUAUAUCGAUCAGCUAAGUUCUUGGAUAAAAACCAGAAAGACUCAAAGGCAUAAUAAUAUUGAACUGCCUGGAUGGAAGUGGGUCCAAGGUCUACUCAAAGGCCGAGACUUCGAACAAAAGGAAACUAACUGGAAAAUCAAGAUAUUCUUAAUUGAUAAUUCGAAAUCAAUGCAGAAGUACAGAGAAGAAGUGCUCCGAUGGGUUUCAGAACUGGGCUACCUUGUCAAGGAACUUGACCCUGAUGGAGGCGAAAUCAGAUGUACGUCUGAUAAUACGAAAAUUGCCAAAUUCAAAAGGGCUAAGGAUGCAAGAAAUUUCGUAUCGGAGAGAUUUUCAGAUGGAAAAGGAGGCCCAUGCAACAUGGAGAAUGCACUAUUUGGUGUCGUUGACAGCAUACGCGGGCCAGCAUCUACCGUUUCCUCCAGGCUUUCCUUUAUGACACGCUCCACAAGUGUCCCAAAGAAAAUAACGAUUUUAGUUUUCACUGAUGGCGUCUGGAAUUCUUCAUCUGAACACGGUCUUUUGGGCGCGGAUGGGCCAAUCAAAUCCCUUAUUGAGCACAUGAAGGACUCAAAAAUUGGGCGCCCGAAUAUUUCUAUACAGUUCCUACGAUUUGGGUCGGAUCCUGUUGGUAUCGGGCGAUUGAAAUUUUUGGACGAUGAUUUAGGCAAAACGCUCGAGUUUGAUAUUGUGGACCAUAAACCUACAACAGCCCCUAUUUGGGAUAUUUUGAUUGGUGCUGCGUCUAAGAGCACGGACUGA